AUGGUUAUACUUAUACCGCAUCAAUAGCAACAAUCAGUCUGUCUUCCCUGUCUUAGAAAUAAUAUAAAUUUCCGAUCAAAUCGGCGAAUUUUCAGGUUCAUUCCCCUAGCUCCCCCUGAACUACCGAGAGCGCAUCGAUCUGGGGUUCAUCGCGAUCCCUUCACCCAAAUCACGGAUUUAUUCUAUUCCCGAUCCGAAAAAAAUCAAAUCCGCAGACCUAAACCCCGUGAACAAUCCAACAUAUCUCUCUGUCUCUCUCUCUCUCUGCAUUUUAUUUUUCCCUUCAACUUGUCUUCGAAAUCCAAUCAUGGAGGAGUUGGGAAUCUGCUUCACCUGCUCCAACCAUGGAUUGAUUUCGCCUCCGUUUUGAGGAAUUUCUCCGAAUAUCUCCUUCUUGUGUGUUCUUCUGUUUGAUCUGAUACAUCUAUGACGAAGUCUCGGGUGUGGCAGCCAUGCAAGAAGAAGAGGUUUUGAUUUACGGGAGAAGACGACGGUACACGCGUGUGUAAAUAGAGAGAGAGGAUAAUAGAGAAAACUAAAGCAAUGGAUGGUAUUUGUAUAUGACGAUUUGUUGAUUUGUUAGAUAUAUAGGCAUAGUUCGAGAGAGAGAGAGGGAGAGGAAAGAGAUGGCUUCGCGUUCAAGUAGUGCCGGUGGCGGCGCGAAGACGAGGGUGGGGAGGUACGAGCUGGGAAGGACUUUGGGGGAGGGGACGUUUGCCAAGGUGAAGUUUGCCAGAAAUGUAGAAACUGGAGAGAACGUGGCUAUCAAGAUUCUUGACAAAGAGAAGGUUCUCAAGCAUAAGAUGAUUAGCCAGAUUAAACGUGAAAUUUCAACUAUGAAAUUAAUCAGGCAUCCAAAUGUCAUUCGUAUGUAUGAGGUCAUGGCUAGCAAGACCAAAAUAUACAUUGUUUUGGAAUUUGUGACUGGGGGUGAACUCUUUGACAAAGUUGCUGGCAAAGGCAGAUUGAAGGAAGAUGAAGCAAGGAAGUACUUUCAGCAGCUCAUAAAUGCAGUGGAUUACUGCCAUAGUAGAGGUGUUUUCCACCGUGACCUGAAGCCAGAGAAUCUGCUGCUGGAUGUCAAUGGAAUUCUUAAAGUUUCAGAUUUUGGAUUAAGUGCUCUUUCUCAGCAAGUUCGAGAGGAUGGACUAUUACACACUACCUGUGGAACACCAAACUAUGUUGCUCCGGAGGUGAUCAAUAAUAAAGGAUAUGAUGGAGCUAAGGCUGAUUUGUGGUCUUGCGGUGUAAUUCUUUAUGUCCUUGUGGCUGGAUAUCUGCCUUUUGAAGAGAACAACCUCAUGGCAUUAUACAAAAAGAUUUCCAAGGCGGAGUUCACAUGUCCUCCAUGGCUUUCCUCAAGUGCGAAGAAAUUAAUAAAAAGAAUCCUGGAUCCUAAUCCCAAGACACGCAUUACAAUUGCGGAGGUCAUUGAGAAUGAGUGGUUCAAGAAGGGAUAUAAGCCACCCACUUUUGAGCAGCCAGAUGUUAGUCUUGACGACGUAUAUAAUGUUUUUAAUGAUUCUGUGGACUCUCCAAAUCUUGUCGUUGAAAGGCGGGAGGAACGACCUGCAACUCCUCUCACUAUGAAUGCUUUUGAGCUUAUCUCUACAUCUCAGGGUCUCAACCUUGGCUCUCUUUUUGAAAAGCAAAUGGGUCUUGUUAAACGUGAAACAAGAUUUACAUCUAAAUGUCCUGCCAAUCAGAUUAUCUCAAAAAUAGAGGAAGCUGCUGCACCUUUGGGUUUUGAUGUAAAGAAAAACAAUUACAAGUUGAAGCUUCAGGGGGAGAAAAGUGGACGCAAGGGCCAUUUAUCUGUUGCAACAGAGAUUUUUGAGGUGGCUCCCUCUCUUUACAUGGUUGAGGUUCGCAAAGCUGGAGGGGAUACCUUGGAAUUUAAUUCGUUCUACAAGAGCCUCUCAACCGGGCUCAAAGACAUUGUGUGGAAAUCAUCCGACGAAGAAGCAAAUAAUGGGGUUGGCAUUGUGUCUUGUUGAUCAUCAGCUUCCAUACGAGGCCAAUAAAAAUGGCGGAGUUUUAAUGAAACUGAAAUGCCAGAAUUUGAACUCAUACUGUCAAUAUUGCUGUUAAUUUAUAUAUAUAUAUAUAUAUAUAUUUAGUAGGUGUUAACUCUGGCGUGGUUCCUCCUGUAGACAUUUCGUUGGUAAACAGGUUGGCCGUUAAUGAAACGAAAAACAUCGCAGUUGGGGUUGAGCGAACGAUGCCCUGCGCCGUUUCGUAACAGAUAUGGGUGUGAAGUGAUUCAUGGGUUUGGUGUGUGGGUUUUUAUUGCAAAUGACAGUCUGUGAUAAAGUAAUGUAUAUUUAUGGGUCUUUCAUGGAGUUUGCUGUUUUUAGUUUUAGUUUUUAUUUUUGUGCUCAGUUUUGUUAUUAUGAAAACAAAAAUAAUAAAUUGGAAACAAAAACCAAUUAGUCCGUUCAGCGGGAUGAAUUUGUUUUA